GGUUCUUUUCGAAAGAAAGAUUAUUUUUGAUGUGUACUAAGCCUCUCUUCCAAUCCAGCCUCAACUGAAGUGCAACUCAAACAUCCCUAUUAAAGAUGGCGUUGGCAAGAUGUUGUCGAUGAAGCUAUCAAAUAAAAGGCAUGUCUUGUCCUUCACCAGACUCUUCAACGCACAAAAGUUAUUUCAAAGAAAAGAAUAAAGAUUCUGUAGAAAUAACAGCAAAGGAAGCAAAAACCUCUGAACCAAGGCAACUGGAUGUCAUACAGAAUCAUGCCAUCAAUUCAACUCAAGAUUUGGAAGUGAAGCAUAGGAAGCGAAGUGGGUCUAAGAGUCUCAAGGCCAAAUUCAAAUCAAAGUUAAAGAAACUCAAGUUGACAAUCUAUGACCCAAUUUUAGAAGUAGCUGAAAUUGAAAAUGAUUUUGUAACUUGGAGUGAACAAAUCACAGUGGUAAAUUCAGGUGGUUUAGCAGAACACUGUCAUGAUAGAAAAUUGCUUGGAAAGAGAAUAUUCCAUCUUAUUAACAAAAAAGAAUUCAAGCAUUUGAUGCCAGAAAACCUGAAGUGUUACAAUGCAAGAGAUGUAAGAGAUUGGUGUCUCCAAGAGUUGUGCAUGUUAUCUGACCUUUCACUAUUGGCUGUACUGGAAGGUAAUGAUUGGGGAGCAAAGAGUGAAAAAGUAAAAGACAGUGAAGAGGUAGCUUCAACAUCAAUUGAAAAAGCCAAUGACAGCUCUUCAAAAGAGGGCGAAGGUAAUAUGCAUGUCAUAGAGGAUAACAUUCUUCUCAUAGAGGAAGAUAAAGCAAAGAAUUUGAUUACAAAAGAACAAAAUGAUCACGAGAUUUUUGAAGAAAUUGUCAAGAUACCAGAUCAAAAUGAAAUUGAUGAGUUACUUAAUGCUGCUGAAAAAAGAGAAGAUCAAAUGGAAAUCAACAAACUCACUGAAAAGGAAGCUACUGGUGAUGACUUGAAUAUGCUAGAGCUGGAACUGCGUGCAAGAGCUUUAAAAUCAUUUAUUAAGUCACAAGAAAUGAAAAGGUCAAAAACAUCAUAAAAUGAUGCUAAGUACAAGCACAUUGGUGUAAACCUGUCAUGUGUAUCAUACCAGCUAAAAUGCAAGAGAGACAAAACUGGCAGAAAUAAACCUUAUUCUCAAACUGUGCAUAUUGUAAAUAUUGUAUUCAGUAUUUUAUACUCAAUUCAUUAUCACUUUUAUUAUCUGAGCAUCUCGGUCACUCAUUAAAUUUCCUUUUGUUUUGGAGGUAUUUAUUUAGGCAGUGCACAAAUCAAGCAGUUUAUAAUUAUUUCUACAAAUCAUAUUUAACAAACAAAGAAAUAGACUGUUACAAAAUUUUGAGAGUGAACUUCAGAUAACAUUGAAAUACACACUUCAAAUUUACAUUUGAAAAAUAUGCACAGCUAGAGUGCCCAAUGUCUUGGAAAAAAACAAAUGCUAGACUACAUAUUUCUCUUUAGGUUUCACCUUAUCAAUGAACAUGUGUGUGCCUAUUUAAGGGAUUAAGUGCUCAUUCAUAGGAGGUAAUCAUUAAGUUUUUGACUGUUAUAGGGAGCACCCUUGAUAAGUGGGGUGCUCAUUUGAGGGUUUCACUAAAGGUCUACAGAAUUAGAGUAUUUGGUUUUUAGAAACUAUGAAUUUAGUGCUUUAUUGACAAUAUCUUUCUUGUGGAAAUUUUGGUAUUUGCUUUUUAUAAAACAUUUAGUACACA